AUGAGUGAUUGGUAUUGGAUUAUUUCAGAAACAGGAUACGUGCUCGAUGUUUGCUGUCGAGAAAAAAAUCCAGGAACCUCUGUAGUCUUGUAUACUCUUAAUAAUCAACUUCGUCCUUUCCAUCAAUUGUGGAAAAUUGAAGAUAAAUACAUUGUUAGUAAGGACACCGGAUUUGUCUUGACACUAAGCACUUCUCCGAUUAAUGAUCCAACUUUUGUUGUGAAACCAAGGGAUUCAAAAGAUAGAGGACAACUAUGGAAUUAUGACCCGAAUAAUUUAACAUUAACUAGUGGCCUACCAUUCUAUGUUGUUACAGCGAUACAGAAUACUGCCAAUAUUGUUUUAUGUAAUCCGAAGGCUCUUGGAGUGAAACAUCUCGAAAAUCCGGUCCCAAAGACCCAAAAAUGGGUCUUUGUUAAAUGGUCAGAAAUGUAUCAUGAAGAGUGA